GUCAAAGUUUUUUCCUCUGUACAUUCAUAUUUAUAUACAAGCAAUUUAUUAUAUUGUGAAAUACAACAAACAAUGGAGGAACUGUUGAACGACGUUGUGCCCCAAGAAGAUUUGGAGAGGUUCGAAAGGAAAUACUACCAUGAGCUUGAACUCGAUGGCGAGGUCUCAACAGAAACAAAAUUUGAAUACGCAUUCUGUCUCGUUCGGAGUCGCUACACCAACGACAUCAGAAAGGGCAUCAUGAUUUUGGAGGAUCUUGCGCGGUUACACCCGGAUGGACGACGCGAUUACAUUUAUUAUCUCGCCUUUGGAAAUGCACGAAUUAAAAACUAUUCAGAAGGCCUAAAAUACUGUAGAGCAUUUCUCGAAAUUGAAUCGAAUGAUCAAGUGCGCUCGUUAGAGGAACACAUUAAGAAACAAAGCGAUAAGGAGGUUGCGAAGGGUAUUGCAGUUGCUGGUGGAGCAGCGCUCGUGCUCGGUGGCAUAUUGGGUCUAGGAAUCGCAAUGGCUAGAAAUAAACCAAAACGUGAAAAAUAGUGAUAAAUGUGAUAAUAAUCUUUACGGAAUCCGAUUCCCUCCCAAUAUGUAUACAUCAAUAUACUAUCACUGUGAGGACAUGGGUUAAGCACAUAGCGCCAAUUAAUUAAUCUAUAAUAUAUUUCAAUUAUUACAAUUUCUUCAUUAGUCUUUAUUCAUUUUUUUUGUAAUUACAUAUAUAGUUAUGAAGUAGUUGAUAUGAGCAAACUUAUAUAUACAUAUAUUAAUUAAUACGCCCUGUUCAUUGCCAAAGAUUUUGGUGCAAUAAAUCAUCAAAACUGGUU